CUACCACUAGGUGGGUGGGACUCUUGGGAGGAGGUGAUUGAUUGCGAUCAUUUCAAAACUCGGUGAAAAGAGAAAAAAAUGGUAGCUUCACCUUCCAAAACGAAGGUAAUUAGAAUCAGAAGAAGCCACUAUAGGAAAAAUCAAUGGCUUCACAAACAACUUCCCUCCACCUCCACUUGUUAUCUUCCACUUUUGCCACCAGGGUAUCACUUAUUUCUUCUCAAAAGUCCCUCACACGCCCAAUUUUCCCUCCCAAAAACUCACCACUUUCCGAGCCCAUAGCCCUCAAGCUUCAAAGAUUUCAGAGAGUAAGAACAAAGGCAACCUUGAAUGAACAAGGUGCUAGUACCCCUCUUCAAGCACAACCCAUCAGAGAAGUUGAGGAGAGUGUAAAAGUGCUCAAGGAAGCUGCAAAAACGAGACGAGUGUCAAAAGAGGAGAUCCUAUCUGCUCUUUCUGUCAUUGAGAAGGCAAAAAUCGAUCCCACCAAUUUUCUUGCUACCCUUGGCGGUUCGGAAUCUCCUGGCAGAACCUGGAUGCUCAUUUUUACUGCUGAGAAACAAUUGAAAGGCGGACGAUAUUUCCCUCUCACAGCUGUUCAAAGGUUUGAUGCUGCUGGAAAACGAAUUGAGAAUGGAGUAUACCUUGGGCCAAUUGGAGCCUUGACUUUUGAAGGAAGACUUUCGUGGAAAAAUAGAAUUCUUGCUUUCAUCUUUGAGUGCAUUCGAAUAAAAGUUGGACCUUUGAAACCUUUGCAGAUUAGUCUUGGCCAGAAGGAUGACAGAGAGCCAAGUAACAAAGAUCCUUUCUUUAUUUGGUUUUACAUUGACGAAGAAAUAGCAGUUGCUAGGGGAAGAAGUGGAGGGACUGCAUUCUGGUGCCGGUGUAGCCGUGUCCCGACUUGAUUUGUUGUUAGUUAGCUAGCUCCAUACUUGGUUGUCCUGUAAGUAUAUCCAUUCGCUUAAAGAAGUUAUAGGCAUUAGGACUAGAACAAGUAAAUGUCAUAUGCAUCUUCUCCAUCUUUAAUUUUAUGUUUUUGAUUCUCGUGUCUCUAUGAUAUAGAUAAACCUUAUUUGUGGAAUAGCAGCUUAAGUCUUUUUGAAAA